GGAAAGCAUUCGUCAAAUAUGUUACCUUUUUGAUUCAUCAAAACUAAGCCACUUGUAAUUAUAUCACGUCAGUGUGUAAAUUAACUUUACAUUAACAAUAAUAACAUAUUGUUUGGGUGAAUUUUUUUUUAUUUUUAUGCUAAGCUAUUUGGAACGUAGCCCCGGUUGCACCUCACCAAAACAGGAAGUUUUCGCACUUAAUAGCUAAAGGCUAAUCUGUUAGCCUACGUGUUACGUAGUGACUCUACAGUUAUUUAGACAACGUUUAAACUUUGUUGACGAGUUGUGUCACUGAUACGAUUAUUAGAGGAUUAAAAUAAUUGUCUGUGUUUGCAAAUAGUUGUAUCGGCUUGUGUUUUGGGCCACGUAACUGAUUUUUUUUGUCUAGAGUUAAGAGAUUAUCCGACUAGCUAGGUGUUUGGCUAACGCUAGCAGGUGGCCGGUUUCGGCCGGGGGAUUUUUUCGCAGUUCCGACUUUUGCAUCUGAUGCCACGGUUGCGCCGCCCCAAACCUGGCCAGUCCUCUCGGCGCCCGGAUAUCACCGUAACAUGAAGCCAUGGAGGAGCGAAAGCUAAAAAGAAAGAUUCCCCGGACGACGACUACGACGACGACCACCCACACGGCCACUCCGACCGGUGGCUCUGCCCGGAAGAACAGCGCUUCCCCCGGGGGGAGACAUCUCGGCUACAGCCACAACACGGGAACCCACUCUAGCCAAAAGAGCAAAAGUCGGAGGGGUUUCAAAGAAAAACCCCGAAAUCAGCUGGGCUCCCAGGCUAAAGCUAACCAGAACCAGAACCAGAACCAGAACCAGGCGGCACCCGUCAUCCAGCACUCGUUUCUAACCGACGUCUCGGAUGUCCAGGAAAUGGAGAACGGCCUUCUCGGUCUUCUCAACGACUUCCACUCAGGGAAACUACAGGCCUUUGGCAACGAGUGCUCCAUUGACCAAAUGGAGCAGGUGAGAGAGAUGCAGGAGAAACUCGCACGCUUGCACUUUGACCUCUACGGCGAGGUGGACGAAAUGCCCGAGGACCAGAAGAAAACGGCCAGCGACACCAACAUGGACAAGUUGCUUUUCAACCUCGAGGAGCUGAGUUCUUCCAUUCAGAAAUUGAAUCUGGCCGACAGUCAAGAAAUCCCCAGGACAUCCAGCAUCUGAUCUUAUCUUUCUUUUUGUAUUUUUUCUUCCUUCACCUCUUUGAAAACCACUGUUUGGGGAUGUAUUUUGAGAUUACCUCCUACAGAUGGACCAGUUUCUCAUAUCGAGUAGAUAAUAGCUUUAAACGUAUCUAACUAAAAAUGCAAGAAACCAGUAUUUUACUUAUGUUACAAUGUUUAUGCCAGCUUGCCGUGUCUUAAUUAAGGCUACAUUCACAACAUAAGGGGGAUCAUGCACAGAAUUAAAUAAAGAUCCUGCAAAAUCUCACUUUUAAAGUGGGAUUUAAUAAAGAAUAAUCACAUAUAUAUGUAUCUAAUCUAUUACCACACUUCAAGGUUCUGUCUAGGACUGAUUUGAGACACGAAAGUGUGAAAUGUAGCCCGACCAAAGCAAUCAGAUCAGCAAACGCCUCAAACUAAAGACCCAGGACUCGACUUUUUCGGAUCCUAUGUGACAGAUAAACGCGUCAACGGUUCAAAAAAGCGAGCAAAGGACCUUUUGCGGGGGAAACGGAGACGAACAAACGAAAAAAAACUAAAUCAAAUCGUGAAUUACCGUCUAUUUUUAUGUAUUUCCCGAUUUUUUUCUUUAGCAUUCGAUUUAUCACAGGACAAACUCCAGACUGUUCAGUAUUGACUAUUUUUGCACAUAUCCAUAUAAAAAAUGUAUGCAAAACACAUUGCACAUUAUCCAUAGUGUCUUUGGUUUUGACGCUGUAAAAGAGCAAAUCUUCCAAAUGUCACAACCAUGCCUUUUUCUCUCUUUUUUUUAUUUUUUAUUUAAUCAUCUUCCGCCUUAUUAGUUCUUAACUUUAAAGUGUCAUUGUUGUCGACUGCUUUUACCUUUGGAUGAGUUGUAAGACACUUAUUGGAUGCUGCUUCGACUGUAAAUAAGAGUUUAUAAUCUUCCUCUCUCCUGUGUGAAAUUACACUUUUUCGGGGAAGUUUUGGGGAUUUUAUUUUUUUGUUUUGAGUCAAUAAAUAUGUCGAUCAUUAAGGAUUUGUCAGCUGUAAUUCUGUUCAAUCAUUCGGAAGCAAAUAAGAUGGAUUCUGUCCUUUCGUUUCAUGAUUUCUUUUUAACUAGAUUUUGAACUAGAUUUCAGCCUGAAAAGCUCUU